AUUUCACCAUUGACUCUCUGGAUCAUUGCACGGUGCCUGAUCGAGCUGCAAGGAGCUCUCACGACAUCACUUUAUGGUUAGACCCAAAGUGUCGUGCGCACAGAACGAGCUCGGAUGAUGUGUUUUGCGCGACAGCUACUCAAUGAAACAGACGCACAAAAGGAGAGAUGGGCACCUUUUCUGCACCUCCAUUUACGCGGCUAUGGGGAAAACGUCCAUUCGCCGUGCUGCUAGUACCCGCAGUGGUUGUGGUUCUGAGCCACUUUUGUGAGGCUUUUAAUCUGGACACGGAGAAUCGCGUCGUUUUCGCCGGACCACGGGGGAGUUAUUUUGGCUAUUCGGUGGAGUUCUUCAGCAGCAACUCAUCCAGUGUGAGCCUUUUGAUUGGUGCUCCAAAAGCUAACACCAGCCAGCCUGGAAUCGCCGAAGGAGGAGCCGUCUUCCUGUGCCACUGGAGCCAAAACAACUGCAGCAUUAUCAACUUUGACCAGAACGGUGAUCAGUAUUUCUAUAUAAACAACGAGAACACCCAAGUUGAGUUCAAGUCGCAUCAGUGGUUUGGAGCGACUGUGCGUUCCCAUGGCAACAAUAUUCUGGCUUGUGCUCCGCGGUAUUAUUGGAGGAGCGAACAUGACAUCCCCCUUGCUGAUAUGACGGGAACUUGUUACCUCUCUGUGGACAGCCUCAAAUCAUUUGUGGAGUACGCCCCCUGUCGAACAGAAAGACAUGGACCCGCAGGACAGGGCUAUUGUCAAGGAGGAUUUAGUGCCGACUUUACAAAGGACGGAAGGGUUGUUCUUGGUGGACCGGGCAGCUUUUACUGGCAAGGUCAGCUGAUAUCGGCCACGCCAGACCAGAUUGUUAAGGCCUACUACCCUUCAUAUUUUUUACUGUCGGUUGCUGGGCAGAUUCAAACGGGACAGGUGCAGGGAAGUUACGACGACAGUUACCUGGGUUAUUCCGUGGCUGCUGGCGAGUUCAGUGGGGAUGAUGAGGAAGAUUUCAUCACGGGAGUUCCGAAAGGACUCAUGCUGUAUGGUUUAGUGUCCAUAUUCAACGCACGUGAUCUGAACUCACUGCUCAACGUGACAGGAGAGCAAAUGGGGUCCUACUUCGGCUAUGCAGUGGCAGCCACCGACAUCAACAAUGACGGACUAGAUGACCUCGUGGUGGGCGCUCCGAUGUUCAUGAGUCGGGGGUCCAACGGGCGGCUGGAGGAGCUUGGCAAAGUUUACGUUUACCUCCAGAAGGGACCGUUGCAGCUGGAGCCCGGCCGACCGCAUCUCGUCGGCCGGCAGCCGUUCGGCCGCUUCGGCUCUUCGCUGGCGCCUUUGGGGGACCUAGACCAGGAUGGAUUUAACGAUAUGGCCAUCGGCUGUCCUUACGGAGGAGAAGAGCAACAGGGACUGGUUCUGAUUUAUCACGGCGAUGCGAACGGCUUGAAGGACACGCCCACUCAGACUCUCUCUGGCCACUGGGCCUCCAGCUCCUUCCCCUCCCACUUUGGUUUUGCGCUACGAGGCAACACGGAUCUGGAUCUAAAUGGCUACCCAGACCUAAUUGUCGGUGCUUUUGGAGCUGACAAAUCCGUGCUGUUCCGGUCUCGACCAAUCGUGACUGCAAGUGCAUCUCUCGCUGUACAUCCAACGAUGUUCAAUCAAGAUGAGAAGCUCUGUGAGCUUUCCACGAGGAGUGGAAGCACUUCUGUGUCUUGUGCCAGCGUCAGUUUCUGCCUGCUGGCUCAUGGAAAACACCUCCCAUCUCAUCUAGACUUCCUGGUGGAAAUUCAGUUGGACAGUUCGAAGCAGAGCCAGAUGGAAUCCGUCAGGAGGACUCUGUUUCUGGAUAGUCAGCAGCCCAGUUUGGUGAAGACUUUCAGUCUGGCUAACGGACAUCGCCAGUGCCAUGACACCAGGAUCUAUCUACGGGCAGAAGAGGAGUUUCGGGAUAAACUCUCUCCCAUUUUCAUCAGUCUGGCCUUUCGCCUGGAUCCACAAGCCCCAGUAGACCAAUAUGGCCUCAGACCUAUCUUGAAUUACCACACGGAGCAACUCAUAGAGGAGAAGGCCCAGAUUCAGCUGGAUUGUGGAGACGACAACGUCUGCGUCCCUGACCUCAAGUUGGCAGUUUAUGGUGACAGAAAAGAAGUUUACCUGGGUGACGAAAACUCCCUCAGCCUCACCUUCCAUGCCAGAAACGAGGGAGAAGGCGGAGCCUACGAGGCUGAGCUCUACGUCCGGCUUCCUAAAGAGGCCGACUACAGCGGGAUAACGCGUAACAAUGCGAGUCUGAGUCAGCUAACGUGCAGCUACGAGGCCCAAAACGAGACCCGCUUCCUCCAGUGCGAUCUGGGAAACCCCAUGAAACCUGGCACGAGUUUUUGGGCGGGUCUCCGCUUCACUGUUCCCAGACUCACAGACACUCAGAACACUGUAGAAUUUGAGCUCCAAUUAAGAAGUAAAAAUGCAAAUAACUCGGAGAGUGAAGUCGUUCAGUUCCAGUUGGAGGUAGCUGCGAUGGCUGACAUUAUUCUGCAAGGUGUUUCCCGGCCAGACAAAGUCUUCCUCCCUCCCCCCAAUUGGGGUGCUAGUCAGAGUCUGACAGGCGAGCAGGACAUCGGCCCUGCGCUUGAACAGAUCUAUGAGUUGGUCAACAGCGGUCCCAGUAUUGUCAGUCAAUGCACGUUGGAGGUGAGAUGUCCUCUCAGGACUCACAGCCAUGACCUGCUCUACCCUGUGGAGGUGCUCACCGAGGGGCCACUCAGCUGCUCCUCCGAUCACGCCCUCAAUGCACUGAAACUCAAGCUUCAGUCUCCAGCUUCAAGGAGUCCCUCAUCGUUGGAAUCCAGCGUGGAGCAUCGCAUCCGGAAGAGGGAGGACAAAGGUCCCAUGACUGGACAAGGAAACUUGACAUGCUCGACUGUGGAGUGCUGGCGGCUUGAGUGUCACGUUGGGCCGCUGGAGAAAGGAGACAGCGUUAUCCUGAGUGUUCACUCGAGACUUUGGGCAGAGACUUUCCUCGAGAGGGCCCACAGACAGUUUUUUUUGGAGUGCUCCGUUCAUUUCACCGUGGACCAGAUGCCCUAUUCCAUUCUUCCAAAAUUCAAACAAUCUGGAUUUAAAAAGGUGGUGACGGCCGUGCUGUGGAACAAAUCGGACAGCCUGUUCUACGUUCCUGUGUGGAUCAUCAUACUCGCUGUUCUAACUGGGCUGCUUUUACUCUCACUGCUGAUAUUUCUGCUGUACAAGAUGGGCUUCUUCAAAAGGUCCGAUCCAUAUGGUACCACCAUGGAGAAGGCCCAGCUCAGACCCCAGGCAUCGUCAGAAGCCUGAAUCCAAGAUGGAGCAGUUGUCCAACACAACCGAAAUAUGACGUAUUAUCAUGUUCCUAAAUUAUUCAUGAAUAAGACUUUCUAAUGAUGAGCAGGAACUAUUGGUGGACAUCUCCGUGCGUUGGAUCACUGGACUACGCCUUACCUGGUGCUGCACUAAAAUACAAGCCACAAAGAUGAGGAGGAGGGCAUGCAGUGAACGAUGCAAGACGUUCAUUUUAUUCAAUCAGAAUAUGAACAAGCGAUCUGGGUAUUCAUCAGAGGGAACCACGUUUGAAAGGAGGAACUAUUUUAUCUGUCUCACACAGGAGGACUUACGAGAAUGUUGCAUCAAUGACUUUUUGGCUUGGGCAUGCGGUUGCAUUCCAUUCGGUUUCACAUUUUGUUACAUCAUGGAAAGUCGUCGGAUAU